UAAUUCCCGAGGGUGUGUAUCAACUAGAAGACACAAACUCUAGCCUCCGUCUCCCGGAUCUCUAAAGGUCAUCUCCCAUGGAGUCAGUCAACAAUUCUGCUGCUACAAUAUCUGCUAAUAUUAAUAGCAUCCCAGUGCUUAACGGCACGAAUUUUAAGGAAUGGAAAGAGAACGUUAUGAUUGUUCUCGGUUGCAUGGAUCUAGACCUUGCACUUCGGACUGAGAAACCCGCCGCUCUUAAGGACACAUCUACCCUUGAUGAAAAGAGGGAGAUGGAGAGGUGGGAACGCUCAAAUCGCAUUAGUCUAAUGAUCAUGAAACGUGCAAUUCCAGAAUCAUUCAGGGGCACAAUGUCUGAUGAGGCUGAUGCCAAAUCGUUCCUUGCCGAACUUGAAAAGCGUUUUGCUAAAAACGAAAAGGCGGAAACUAGUACUCUUUUGAGCACUCUUGUUUCCAUGAAGUAUAAAGGCAAAGGGAACAUAAGGGAGUACAUUUUGGAAAUGUCUCACAUUGCUUCAAAACUAAGUGCACUAAAGCUUAUUUUACCUGAGGAAUUGCUUGUGUAUUUAGUUUUGAUCUCUCUUCCUUCUCAAUUUAAUCAAUUUAAAGUCAGUUCCAACUGCAUUAAGGAGAAAUGGUCUCUCAAUGAGCUCAUUUCUCAUUGUGUUCAAGAGGAAUAGAGAAUAAAGCAAGAUAAGACAGAAAGUGCUCAUUUGGCAUCUACCUCUAAGGGCAGCAAUAAAAGAAAAAUUAAGGAAGCUGCAAAUUCGGGGCCUCCCAGGAAGCAUCACAAGGAAACUAAGGAAGAAACUAAGGAAUCUGGAUGCUUCUUUUGCAAAGGGACUAAUCACAAGAAAAAGAACUGCACUAAGUACCAUGCUUGGCGUGCGAAAAAGGGUAUGUCUCUUGCUCUUGUUUGUUCUGAGGUUAAUUUAAUUUCGGUACCAAAAGACACUUGGUGGGUAGAUUCCUGUGCUACUACUCACAUAAGUGUAUCUAUGCA